GUGCAUGACCGGCAGUCGUGUUUUGAGAAAGGCACGAAAAUGAGGUUUAUUUUACUAUCCCUGCUGCUGGCAUCCUGCUACCUCUGGGAGGCGGUUCACACUUGUGCCAGCAUCGAACAGCGCUACAAGUUCCCCAACAGCAAUGUCUACGUGCGACUUAGGAGAGGUGAUAAGUUGCAGUAUGAGCUGAUGAAGGGCGAGAAGUCCCUGCAGACGGUGACCUUCGACAACUUCGACAGCAGCGCCAAUCUGGUGGAGACUAGCAGUGGAAGCUACCAGCUCACCGAUGGCCAAUCCACCGUGGAGUUCACCCUGGUCAGAAGCGGAGUAGUUGCGGGCACAGGCAGUGAGAUAACCCAUGUGAAAGUAUCCCGAGAUCAGGUGCUGCAAGGCAGCCAACCCAGGGAUUGUUUCCCCUUGAAGACCGGAUCGACGCACUGGUUCAGUGGUCCGGAGCAGAAGCAACACUACUGGCCUGUGGAGCGACAGAGGCAUAGUAACUAUUCUUACCUGCCAAAGGAGCUGGACAACUUUGGUGUUGGUGAGCGAUAUUGGUUGAACGGCGACGGAGUCUUUUUGUAUGUGGAGAGCAACACUCCGCUGUUUAUUGAUCAGAAUAGUGCUGCCUAUCCUGACCAGCUGUGUCUGAGUGCCAUCAGUGCUCUGCCCUAUGAUCCUCGGGUGACCUCCGCCAAAUUCGUUUACCACGUUGCUGUGGGCAAGGAUGCCAAGGCAGCCCACAGGUAUGCCGUUAAAACGUUCCUCGGCCAACCCACAGGCUAUCCCGAUGAGCGAAUGGUCAUGCAUCCUGUGUGGUCCACUUGGGCUCUCUACAAGGCCGAGGUAUCCGACGAUGUGGUUCGUGACUUCGCCAAGCAGAUCCUGGAUAAUGGGUUCAACAACAGCCAGCUGGAAAUCGACGAUGAUUGGGAGGAUUGCUAUGGAGCUAUGACCUUCAGGAAGAACAAGUUCCCCGAUAGCAAGACCCUGACUGAUGACCUCAAGGCCUUGGGUUUCCGUGUGACCCUGUGGAUUCAUCCAUUCAUUAACAACAACUGCACAGCCAUUUACGAUGAAGCUAAGUCUAAGGGUUACCUGGUUCUCGAUCACGAGGGAAGCUCCGACACGCAAUGGUGGAACAGCAAGCCCAAGGAUGCAGCCAUUCUGGACUUUACCAAAACUGAGGUUCAGGAGUGGUUCAGCAAGCGUUUGAAGCGUCUGCAGGAUGAGGAUGGCAUUGAUAGCUUCAAGUUUGAUGCCGGAGAGACCAGUUGGCUACCCAGUGAUCCAGUGCUCCAGGCCAGCAGUUCCAUGGUGACUCCACUGCAGGCGGUGGGAGACUACGUGCGUACUGUAGCUGCAUUCGGAGACAUGGUAGAGGUUCGAUCAGCCCAGAACACUCAAGAUCAGCCAAUCUUUGUGCGUAUCGUGGAUAAGGACUCCGAAUGGGGAUGGAACAACGGACUGCUCACACUGAUCUCUUCGAUGCUGCAAAUGAACCUCAACGGUUAUCCUUUCGUCCUUCCCGAUAUGAUUGGUGGUAAUGGCUACUACGAGAAGCCACCAACCAAGGAGCUUUUCCUCCGUUGGCUGCAGGCCAACGUCUUUAUGCCCGCCCUGCAGUUCUCCUUCGUUCCCUGGAACUUUGACGACGAGGCCAUCGCGAUCAGCAAGAACUUCACCGCCCUCCACGCCACCUACACGCCUUACAUCAUGAAGCUCUUCAAGCGGGCUGUGGAUUCUGGUGAACCUGUGAAUGUUCCCCUCUGGUGGAUCGCCCCUACUGAUGAGGUGGCGCAGUCUAUCUAUGAUGAGUUCCUUUUGGGCGAAGACAUCAUCGCUGCUCCCGUUGUGGUCGAGGGCGCCACCAAGCGAGACAUUUACCUGCCGGAGGGCGAGUGGAAGGAUGGCAACAGCGACCAGGUGUACACUGGACCCACCUGGGUGAUGGACUACGCCGCUCCCUUGGACACCCUUCCCUACUUUUUGCGCGUGGGAUUCACACUGGAGUAGAGCGGAAACCAGUUUUUAUUUCUAAACCUUCUAGCGUGUAUAUUAAAAAAACAUAAAACGAACAAACUUAAUAAAGUUAAAUAAUUAAAACAA